UCUCGAGCUGUGUUGCACCCACAUGCUAUCAACACUGUGGAAGGCUAUUAGCAUUACCAUAACAUGAGGAAACUAAAUGACACCGUGCUGGUGACAUUGCAGGAAUAGUCCAUUGGAAUGAAGACAGAAUAGUAGAUUUAAGUUGUUAUUUGAUAAGGAAGAGUUGCCAAAAUGGUGAAAGAGCAGUUCAGAGAGACAGAUGUGGCUAAGAAAAUAAGCCACAUCUGUUUCGGGAUGAAAUCUGCUGAACAGAUGCGUCAGCAGGCUCACAUUCAGGUGGUCAGCAAAAAUCUGUACAGCCAAGACACCAAACAUACACCGCUGCCCUAUGGAGUGUUGGACCACCGAAUGGGCACCAGUGAAAAAGACAGGCCGUGUCAGACCUGUGGGAAGAAUCUGGCUGAUUGUCUGGGACAUUAUGGAUACCUGGAUCUGGAGCUUCCAUGUUUUCAUGUCGGUUACUUCAAAGCAAUCAUUGGAAUCUUGCAGAUGAUUUGCAAGACAUGUUCAAGCAUAAUGUUGUCGAAAGAAGAGAGACAGCAGUUCACUGAUUUCCUGAAGCGACCCAACCUGCCAUAUCUGCAGAAACGAGGGCUGAAGAAGAAAAUCUCUGAUAAAUGUCGCAAAAAGACAAUCUGUCUGAACUGUUCCGCCUUUAACGGAUCGGUAAAAAAGUGUGGGCUUCUCAAAAUCAUCCAUGAGAAAUACAAGACCACCAAAAAAGUGGUGGAACCUUUUGUGUCAGAUUUCCUGCAGUCCUUUGACAUUGCCAUAGAGCACAACAAAGUGAUGGAGCCACUGCUGCCCCGAGCACAGGAAAACUUGAACCCUCUCGUGGUUCUCAACCUCUUCAAACGGAUCCCUCAGGAAGACAUUCCACUCCUUCUGAUGAACCCAGAAGCAGGCAAACCUGCAGACCUCAUUCUUACCCGCCUCCUGGUGCCGCCUCUAUGCAUAAGACCCUCAGUGGUCAGUGACCUGAAGUCAGGCACCAACGAGGACGACCUCACCAUGAAGCUCACAGAGAUAAUCUUCCUCAAUGAUGUGAUUAAAAAGCAUCGAAUGACAGGCGCUAAGACGCAGAUGAUCAUGGAGGACUGGGAUUUCUUGCAGCUCCAGUGUGCCCUCUACAUCAACAGUGAGCUAUCGGGCAUUCCUCUAAACAUGGCUCCGAAAAAGUGGACCAGAGGAUUUGUGCAGAGACUGAAGGGGAAACAAGGUCGGUUCAGAGGAAACCUCUCAGGUAAAAGAGUGGACUUCUCUGGGAGAACCGUCAUCUCUCCAGACCCUAAUCUAAGGAUCGAUGAAGUGGCCGUACCAGUACAUGUGGCAAAAAUUCUCACCUAUCCAGAGAAGGUAAACAAGGCCAAUUUGGAGCUGAUGAGAAAACUAGUCCGCAACGGUCCUGACGUUCACCCCGGAGCGAACUUCAUUGAGAAUCGUAUGAAUCAUAUUAAAAGGUUUCUAAAAUAUGGAAACCGAGAAAAGAUCGCCCAGGAGCUCAGGAUCGGUGACGUGGUCGAAAGGCACCUCAUUGACGGAGACAUCGUCCUCUUUAAUCGACAGCCUUCUCUACACAAACUCAGCAUUAUGGCCCACAUUGCCAGAGUAAAACCUCACAGAACGUUUAGGUUCAACGAGUGCGUGUGCACACCGUACAACGCCGACUUCGACGGAGAUGAAAUGAACCUUCAUCUACCUCAGACCGAAGAGGCGAAAGCUGAAGCCCUCGUCCUGAUGGGGACAAAAGCUAAUCUUGUCACUCCAAGAAAUGGGGAACCUUUGAUUGCAGCUAUUCAAGACUUUCUCACAGGUGCCUACCUCCUGACUCUGAAGGACACCUUCUUUGACAGAGCCAAAGCUUGUCAGAUAGUGGCAUCAAUACUGGUGGGCAAGGAUGAUAAAGUCAGAGUCUCUCUCCCUCACCCUGCCAUCAUAAAGCCCAUGGCUCUGUGGACAGGGAAGCAGAUUUUCAGCCUCAUUCUGAAGCCAAGUGACGAUUGUCCAGUCAAGGCCAACCUGCGAACCAAGGGCAAACAAUACUGCGGCAAAGGGGAAGAUCUCUGUCACAAUGACUCGUUCGUGGUUAUCCACAACAGUGAGCUGAUGUGUGGCAGCAUGGACAAGGGCACCUUGGGCUCUGGCUCUAAAAACAACAUUUUUUACAUCCUGCUGAGAGACUGGGGACAACUGGAAGCUGCAAAUGCCAUGUCCCGCCUGGCAAGACUGGCUCCAGUGUAUCUCUCCAAUCGAGGCUUUUCCAUUGGUAUUGGUGAUGUGACCCCUGGCCAGGGUCUGCUGAAGGCCAAACAGGACCUGUUGGAUGAUGGUUACAAGAAAUGUGAUGAGUAUAUCGAAGCUUUACAAACAGGCAAGUUGCAGCAACAGCCAGGUUGCACCGCAGAAGAGACCCUGGAGGCUCUCAUUUUAAGGGAACUGUCUGUCAUCAGAGACAGAGCUGGCAGCGCCUGCCUCAGGGAGCUGGAUAAGAGCAACAGCCCUUUGAUUAUGGCUCUUUGUGGGUCCAAAGGGUCCUUCAUUAACAUCUCUCAGAUGAUUGCCUGUGUAGGUCAGCAGGCCAUAAGUGGCUCUCGAGUUCCAGAUGGAUUUGAAAAUCGUUCCCUGCCUCAUUUUGAGAAACACUCAAAACUGCCUGCAGCUAAAGGGUUUGUGGCUGACAGUUUUUAUUCAGGCCUGACUCCAACUGAGUUUUUCUUUCAUACCAUGGCUGGUCGAGAGGGUUUGGUGGACACUGCUGUGAAAACUGCAGAGACUGGAUAUAUGCAGAGGCGACUUGUAAAGUCUCUGGAAGAUCUGUGCUCGCAGUACGACCUGACGGUGCGCAGCUCCACCGGUGACAUCAUCCAGUUCAUUUAUGGCGGUGAUGGUCUGGACCCGGCCGCAAUGGAGGGAAAGGACGAGCCACUGGAGUUUAAAAGAGUGCUAGACAACAUCAGGGCUGUCUAUUCGUGUCCAGAUGAGCCUGCGCUCAGUCAGAAUGAGCUGGUUCUCACUGCAGAUGCUGUAAUGAAGAGGCAAGACUUUUUGUGCUGCAGAGAAACGUUUUUAGAGGAGAUUAGGAAAUUCAUCAGGAGCAUCUCAGAAAGGAUCAAGAAGACCAGAGACAAAUACGGAAUCAAUGACAAUGGCACCAGUGAGCCAAAGGUUCUCUAUCAGCUGGAUCGUAUUACUCCCACUCAGCUUGAAAAGUUCCUUGAAACUUGCAGAGACAAGUACAUGAGAGCACAGAUGGAGCCUGGCUCGGCAGUUGGUGCCCUGUGUGCUCAGAGCAUUGGAGAGCCCGGUACACAGAUGACCCUGAAAACCUUUCACUUUGCCGGCGUGGCGUCCAUGAAUAUCACAUUGGGGGUGCCUCGUAUCAAAGAGAUCAUUAAUGCUUCCAAGAACAUUAGCACACCCAUAAUCACCGCACAUCUGGACGUGGAAGACGAUGCUGAUUUUGCCAGAUUGGUGAAAGGGAGAAUUGAGAAAACACUUCUCGGAGAGAUUUCUGAGUAUAUUGAAGAGGUUUUCCUUCCCGACGACUGUUUUAUCCUGGUUAAAUUAUCACUGGAGAGGAUACGGCUGCUGAGACUAGAGGUCAAUGCAGAGACUGUGCGUUACUCCAUCUGCAUGUCUAAGCUGCGAGUGAAACCAGGAGAUAUUGCCGUUCAUGGUGAGGCAGUGGUGUGCGUUUCCCCUCGGGAGAACAACAAAAGCUCCAUGUACUAUGUGCUGCAGUCAUUAAAAGAGGAGCUUCCCAAGGUGGUGGUUCAAGGAAUCCCAGAGGUUGCCCGAGCCGUCAUUCAUAUUGAUGAACAGAGCGGCAAGAACAAGUACAAACUCCUGGUGGAGGGAGACAACCUGAGGGCUGUCAUGGCAACCCACGGAGUGAAUGGGAGCAGGACUACUUCAAACAACACAUACGAGGUUGAGAAGACUCUGGGCAUCGAAGCGGCCAGGUCCACAAUCAUCAAUGAGAUUCAGUACACCAUGGUGAACCAUGGAAUGAGUAUCGACCGACGUCAUGUCAUGCUUCUGGCAGAUCUCAUGUCCUACAAGGGGGAGAUUCUGGGAAUCACCAGGUUCGGUUUGGCCAAAAUGAAGGAGAGCGUGCUCAUGUUGGCGUCCUUUGAGAAAACGGCCGAUCACCUUUUUGACGCAGCCUACUUUGGACAGAAAGACUCAGUCUGCGGUGUGUCCGAGUGCAUCAUCAUGGGAAUCCCCAUGAAUAUAGGAACAGGACUAUUUAAACUACUACACAAGGCCGACAAAGAUCCUGUGCCUGUUCAAAGACCCCUCCUCUUUGACAACGCAGACUUCCACAUCCCUCUGCUCACGUAGCACUGAGCCGGGAAACAUCAGGGAACGUUUGAAGUGCUUCCUAUUUCUGUUCAGUGCCUGCAGACGUUGUCGUCGGAUCAUAAGUGUCAGAAAUUGUGGCUUCACAAUAAUGGAGCGUGGUUUUUGUUUUUUCUUUUUAUUUAUUGCAGUCACAGACUGUCCUUUGUCAUUUCUCCAACAAAGCAAAGGAGGAUUGUAAGGCUUUUUAAUUUAGGUUAAAAAAAAAAGUAGUUAUACAGAUCAGUUCAAUUUUUGUCUCUCUUGGAGAACAGAUUCAUAGGCAGCCAUUAUUAUUUCCAUCUGAUUUACUUUUGGGAAUUCAAAUGAUGAAACAUGAGGACAGUUAUGAAUUCAUUUAGGAUCAAGGUUUCAAUUUUCAAAGCUAACUGUGAAAACACAUUUUUAUCUUUUAUACAAGAUCAAAUACUGUCAUGUAAAUGUCUCCUGACCACGUGGUCCAAAAUGAUUUUGUGUGUGUGUCAGCCCCAGCCAGGUGACUUAGCAGUAUACGAUGUGAAUAAAGGACAGAGAAAAUA